CAUUGACGCAAAAAUGUCUCUCAAGAGAACUACUCUUACUGAAUCCCAAAAGCGAGCCCUUUGUAGUUAUGCACAUGCUAAUAAGAAAAAACGUAUUGAAUAUGUCAAUUGGGUUGAAGAACAGUGGGGAUUGCGUGUUAAUGAAAGUACUAUUUCUCGGAUUUUAAAAACGGGAGAACAACGACUCAAUUCGGAGCUAACUAGCCCGGAUAUAAAGAGACAUAAACCCGUUUUAUAUCCAGAAUUAGAGUUUACGCUCAAGGAAUUUGUUUUGAACUAUCAACAUAGACCAGUGCUUACUGAUGCUAUUCUUAUUGAAAAAGCCCGAAAACUCGCUAAUGAAUUAGAAAUUCCUCGAGAUGCACUACAAUUUUCACCAGGAUGGCUUCAGAAGUUUAAGGAUCGUAACAGCAUUUGCUUGCGAAAACUUGAAGGAGAGGCUAUGUCUGCUGAUGAAAAUGCAAUUUCUAAUACCUUACCACUGUUAAGGCAACGUUGUUCCAAUUACUCUGUUGACAGAAUAUACAACAUGGAUGAAACGGGACUUUUUUAUAG